ACCUACACCCAUAUAUAAGACGGUCAGAUAAACAAUACCCACAGACGACAGCUCAAGGGAAACACAGCUAAUACAAUUUGUGAGAGGAGUUUCGUACAAAACAAUACUGAGUUAAGAGGGGAACAAUAUUGAGAGUGGAUUCGCAUUGUGCUUUGAACAAGGACAGGGUCAAAACGGCCUCAUUUAUAAACUUUGUGCUCACCUAGUCACUUUGAAGCUCUAGCUGGAUAUUGGUUCAAAUCAACAAAACCAUUUAAACACUAAUGAGUGUGACCAACUCCUCUGCCUAUCGAUCGGAGCGCAGUUACCACCAGGCAUCUUCCACUUCCUCCUCAUCCUCAACAAACCCAUACAUGGAGAAGAGCCGGGGACUUUUUGCUGAGGACUUUGGAUCUUUCAUGUGUCCAAAUGAUGCUUUGGGAUUUCCAAACAGAACAGGGACAACUGGAAACAUCAAGACACUAGGAGACACAUACCAAUUCACAGUGGAUGUCCAAGACUUCUCACCUGAGGAUGUCAUAGUCACCACCUCAAACAAUCAGAUUGAAGUUCAUGCUGAAAAGCUUGCUACAGAUGGCACAGUGAUGAACACAUUUACCCAUAAAUGCCAGCUACCAGAGGAUGUGGACCCCACCUCUGUGAAGUCGUGUUUAGGGGCUGAUGGAACUCUCACUAUAAAGGCACAGAGACACCCUGCAAAACUGGAGCAUGCACAGACGUUCCGCACAGAGAUCAAAAUAUAGAUAUUUCCCCUCCUGCA